GGACAGGGUUUUGAAAUGAAACGUAAAACCUAAAAGUAGUUCGUGUGUGUAAUUUGUAAAUAAAAUGUAAUUUUAGAUGAAUUACGAAUUUAAAAUCGGACAAUAAAACACAUCGUAUUCUAAAAUGUUUUUUAGAAGGAGCACAACAGUGAAAUAUUUCGGCGCGGCUUUUGUGGGAGCCGCAUUGUAUUGCGAAUGGUUCAUCUACCUCAUGCAGCCCAUAUACUGGGCGGAUUUAAAGUGCCCUGAAAAUGACCAGUCAUGUACCAAAAUAUUAUUUAUUGCUGAUCCCCAAAUACAAGGAGAUUUAGAGUUUCCGCCACCUUUGAGUUACUUAUUUAACUGGGAUAGUGACAGAUACCUCCGCUCUACAUUUUCAGUAGUCAUGGAUCAACUAAAGCCAGACAUUCUAGUGUACAUGGGAGAUCUGAUGGACGAGGGAUCCAUAUCUACAAUGCCACAGUUCUAUGGUUAUGUAAAGAGGCUGUCCAGCAUAUUUAAUGUUCAUUACCCUAUUACUCAAGUAUGGAUACCAGGUGAUAAUGACAUUGGUGGUGAAAAUGAACCAAUAAAACGGGACAAACUGGUGGAAUUCGACAAGGUUUUUGAUCAGCCUCCCAUAAUUACCCAUCGUAAUAUAUCUUUCAUUAAAGUGAACGCCAUAACCCAUAGUUUCCCACAAAAAACUGAAGGGUUAGAGCAUGAUGGAAAUUACAGGAUUGUUGUCUCUCACUACCCAGUGACACAUAGAUAUGUCUUCGGAAGUCAGGUGAACAAGGAUAUCCGUCCGAACAUAUAUUUUUGUGCGCAUGAGCACGAAUCUAAGUUCGUGAAGCAGAGCAAUGAUCUUACCAACAGACAUACCGUAUAUCUUCUAGACACCACAAUAUUGAACAUCUCUGGUGAUGACUAUUUAUACGAGAUAUAUGUGCCAACAUGUUCGUACAGGAUGGGCACCAGUAAAAUAGGAUUUGGAGCUGCAGUUCUAGAGAACAAUAACAAGAACCUGCGAUACACAGUAUUCUGGUCUCCGCAAAGGUUUCCAUAUUUAUUCUUUUACUUAGCUGUACUAAUUGUCUUCGUUUUAUACUGUUUGGUGUAUUGCCUGGCUAGAUUAUUGCACAGAAAGCCAAAAUCCGCAGUAAGAAGUACAGAUAAAGUGCCACUAUUAGAAAGAAUUUAACUCUGGACCAUUGAAAGUAAGGUACUUGUAUCUUCAAUAGCAUUGUUUUAAGUUUUGAGUACAUAUUCGUCAUGCAAAGUGACUGAAAAUGGAUUCAAGGUCCAACACCCAGACAAAUAUUUGUUUAUGGCCUUGAAAGUUAUAAGGAAAGAACAUUCAAUACUUAAAACAAAGUUAUUUAAUGGUUACAAAUAAAGAGUUCUUUAAAAAUGAAAAUCUGUGACAAUAAAAUAUGGAUUUUUUAACUAAUAUUAUCAAAUUCCUAAAUUAAUUUUAUUGGGCUUACUUGAGGUUCCUAACUUCAAAAUAUAAUUAAAAAAGUAAUAUAUUAACUACAUGAUUUACACCUAGACUAGACUUUAAUAUCAUAGUAAAAAAAAAUGUGGAAAGGAUCAGUGGCGAGAACAGUGACAUUUUCUGAAAGGGAUCUCUACAUAACAUACGAGUAUAAUAUGAAUAAAUGCGGUCUGCAAAUCGUUCUAAUAAUGACGAUGAAUCGGGUUAAAGAGCUUUCGCCACUGAUCAAAAUUAAGGCUUUGUUUGUUGUGAAUAUUUAAUUAUAAUCGAUGUUAUAAAUAAUGUAAAAUAGCUUUAAUCAUAAUGUAAUGAUGCUUAGCUAUCAGUACCUAAAUGUAUCCGAAUAUUAUCUAAUUAUUUAGAAGCGAUUAUUUCAUAAAAUUAAUAAUAACUUAGUAUCAUCCAAGUUUGAAGCUCACAAUUCAGUAUUUAUAUUUGUUAAAAUAAAA